CAAGAGGAGAAGCAACCUCAGCUGUGACUGCCGCAUGUUAAUAGCUGCCGCUCGUGUCCCUCGGCGGCUGCCGGAGCCCCAGCCUGACUCCGAAGUUGUGCAACUGUGGUCGAGGAGAGCCAUUUGAACCUUGCUUUCUCCUGGCACCGCUUUGGCCCCUUGAUGUGCGCGAAGCCGGGAAACGUAAAGGACGGGCGGCCUGUGGAUCUUCCCCCUGCCCCGUUCCGUCUGGCUGUGUAGCAGAAGACGAGGAAAGACUUUUUGUUGUGUUUCCUUACUGGUUCCCACCCUCCGGCUCCCUUUGGCUGCGCGUUGCUGAGCGCCCUUUGCCGCCAGCGGCGGGACUGCCUCCGCUGGGACCGGUCCGCUUUUCGCCCGGGGCCCCUGGCCGGCUGGUGGGAGCGGCACCCGGCUGCAGGUUGUUGAGCCACUAAUGGGACGGACCAUCCCCGGGACCGGCGGCUCCGAAAGAAAUGUUCAAUUCACUAAAUUGGAAGAGAAAACCAUGGAGUUUUAGCAACUGACGAGUAAAUUAAGGUUUCAAAUUUUGGAUACUGGUAUUUGUUUAUAUUUUGAGGAUUUUUUUUUUCCUUUUGAAUUUUUUUUUCCCUUUUGAAGUCAUCUGUCUUGAAGAACAGCAACGGACCCCAAAAGUUACUUACUUCACUACACAUUGGAGACUUUUCCCUUUUGAGGAACUCUUACGUCUGAACAUACAGCCAUGUGGCCAACACAGCUACUAGUCUUCAUGAUGCUCUUAGCCCCAGUAGUUCAUGGUGGCAAGCACAAUGAGCGACAUCCAGCCCUAGCUGCACCACUCCGACAUGCUGAGCGUGGCCCAGGAGGUGCGCUACCACCCAGACAUCUCCUUCAGCAGCCAGCAGCAGAACGUGCCUCAGCUCAUCGAGGACAAGGGCCCCGUGGAGCUGCCAGAGGAGUUCGUGGACCAAGUCCCCAAGGAGCACAGAUUGCAGCCCAAGCUUUCAGCCGAGCUCCCAUUCCUAUGGCUGUGGUCCGCAGAGAACUUUCCUGUGAGAGCUACCCCAUCGAGCUUCGCUGUCCGGGGACAGACGUCAUCAUGAUUGAAAGUGCCAACUACGGGAGAACUGAUGACAAAAUUUGUGACUCAGACCCUGCUCAGAUGGAGAACAUACGCUGCUACCUGCCAGAUGCCUAUAAGAUUAUGUCUCAGAGAUGUAAUAACAGGACCCAGUGUGCCGUGGUAGCAGGUCCUGAUGUGUUUCCAGAUCCGUGUCCGGGAACUUAUAAAUACCUUGAAGUGCAGUAUGAAUGUGUCCCUUACAAAGUGGAACAAAAAGUUUUUCUUUGUCCUGGACUACUAAAAGGAGUGUACCAGAGUGAACAUUUGUUUGAGUCUGACCACCAAUCUGGGGCAUGGUGCAAAGACCCUCUUCAGGCCUCUGACAAGAUUUACUAUAUGCCCUGGACCCCCUACAGGACUGAUACGCUGACUGAGUACUCAUCUAAGGAUGACUUCAUUGCUGGAAGACCAACUACAACCUACAAGCUCCCUCACAGGGUGGACGGCACAGGAUUUGUAGUGUAUGAUGGAGCUCUGUUCUUCAACAAAGAACGCACCAGGAACAUAGUAAAGUUUGAUUUGCGGACUAGAAUAAAGAGUGGGGAAGCUAUCAUAGCAAAUGCCAAUUACCAUGAUACCUCUCCUUACCGAUGGGGAGGCAAAUCUGACAUAGACUUGGCAGUGGAUGAGAACGGGCUAUGGGUAAUCUAUGCAACAGAACAAAACAAUGGUAAAAUUGUCAUUAGCCAAUUGAACCCUUACACAUUACGAAUUGAAGGGACAUGGGACACUGCAUAUGAUAAAAGGUCAGCUUCCAACGCAUUUAUGAUUUGUGGGAUUCUGUAUGUGGUCAAGUCUGUGUAUGAGGAUGAUGACAAUGAGGCCACGGGGAAUAAGAUUGACUACAUCUAUAACACCGACCAGAGUAAGGACAGCUUGGUGGAUGUACCCUUUCCCAAUUCCUACCAGUACAUCGCAGCUGUGGAUUACAACCCCAGGGACAACCUGCUCUAUGUGUGGAACAACUACCACGUGGUGAAGUACUCCUUGGAUUUUGGACCUCUGGAUAGUAGACCUGGAAACUUUGAAGAUGUUACAAUCUGUGACACUGGUUUUUUCAGCAUUGUUAACCUAAAUAUAUUAAUUUAA